UCAAUUUCUGAGUUUAGCUUACAUAUGCUAAUAAAUAAAUAUUUGUAUGCAUAUUUACAUACAUACCCAUCAUAAGUAUAAUAUGUUAUACAGAACGGUGUAAUACGCAAUGGUAAUAUUGUUAAAUAUGCAUGUAGAUGUUAAUUUUAUUACGAUUGUGUGUGUAUAAGUUUUCCUUUCAUAAUCCUCUUAAAAUCAAUAAUUGAUCCAUCAGGCUUCAAUCAGUGUUUUGAUAUUCAUUUACAUAUACAUGACUUCGAUUUUCAUAGUUUUGCUUUAAACCCGUCUUACUUUUUUUCAAUCGCAAUCGUGUUUCUCACAAAAGAAAUAAUUCAAGACAGGUGUGCAAGUUCAACCACAACUAGCUUGUAGUUUCAAUGCGUGAUUAGAGGUCAUUUUGCAACAUCGUAUUGGAUUGUUAAUCCUGUCCGACGUUUUCAUAGAUAUUAAGUUUUGUGGGAAAAGAAUAAUUUUUCAUGCUUCAUAAAUUUACAUAUUGCGAAUAUAUAGUUUACUACAUGCAACAAAUUCACAUUUCACCCGAUUAAUAUGAGCGUACAUAAGUUUGACCAAUAAAAAAUACAAGGUUCUGAUUACACAACAAUCUGGAUUGACGUUAUGAAAUCAUUACCAUCCAUACUCAUAUACAUUUGUAUUUACACUGGAUAGAAGCCAACUCCAAAAGUCGUGCUCAUAUAAAUGCAUAUUUCGAAUUCCUGGAGGAUUAUAAAAAUGUUUUCAAAUAGCAAAAUAUUAAAUUUCGCAACCUUCAUAAUUUUAAUUAACCUCGUGGGUGCCGCAGUUUUUGAAAAGGAUGUGAAUCUAACCAUGGACCAGAAGGCACUUUUAGAUAAGUUCAAAAUCCGAAUGGCCGACAAACUGCCACAUGAAUACAUGCAGAAGGAAAUUUACCUCGUAAAAUGGCUCCGAUCCAGCAAUUUCAACCUUGACCAAGCAGAGGAAAGGUUGCUUAAGAAUUUGGAGUGGAGAAAAGAACAAAAUAUGGACACGAUCCACUCAGAAGACUGGAGCGACAUGUGGGGGGCAGAUUUUCGUUAUUUUACCGAGGGCCGGGACAAAUUAGGACGCCCAUUCAUGGUGGUAGAAAUGUUGACCGCAGACCCCAGGAAGAUAGUCCUCCAAGGGAACGGUGACAGACUAGUUCGUUACGUGGAUAAGGCGAUAGACGAAGCAUGUCAACUGGUGCAAGAAUUGGGAGAAAAGUAUGGUAACAUGACGCGAGGAAACGCCAUUACAAAUUUGGAUGGAUUCAGCCUUAUAAAACAUGGCUGCAUUCGAUGUUUACCAUUUCUGAUUCGCAAUGUGGUCAGUUUCUCGCAACACUGGCCUGAAUGUGUGGACAAGAUGAUAUUCGUUAAUGCACCAACAGAAAUUGAGCAAAUCCUUACCCUGGCGAGACCACUUGUUUCAGAGGAGACAAGGGAAAACAUGUUUGUUUACGGGACGAAUAAGAAAGUUUGGAUGGAGGCUUUACGUCAAGACUUCGACCUGGACCAGCUCCCACCUAGUUUGGGAGGGACGAAAAUAUAUAAAGGGAUGGACAAGGAGAAUUUUGACUAUUAAAGUAGGAAAAUUCGUAAACAAUUACUGCUUAACUAACUUCUAAUAUUGGUUACAUACAUAUUUGCACUGAUGUGUAAUUUACAUACUACGUUAGGUCUAAAAUGGAAUUUGUAGAAUUCUUUUGUCGAAUUUUAGAUCAAUCUUGUAGAAAAGUCUAAAUUUCGUGCAAUCCAAGAGUUCAUAAUAGUAAAUAGCCAUACUGAUAAGUAUGAGUAUGGUGUACGUACGUAUGUAAAGCUUGGAAGGUAUGAAGGUAUUCGGCUUACAACGUGUCAAUAUUGUUUAAAGCACAUCCUUGGAAUUUUUAAAGCAUAAAUAGUAUGUAAAUUUCACCCACUUCGAGAUUUUCGAAAUACUGAAGUACUUCUUAGAUUCGUGGAGAAAGCGUAUAUUGGAGAACGUUGCUGAAUCUAAAUACGGGUGACGGGGUUGAGAAUGCACUAUUUAUGUAUGUAUGUAUGUAACUCGUAAUGUUGUAAUGUAUUGUUGUGAGGCAUAGUUGUGACAAGGUGAGAAAUUUAUGAAUAAUACUUAAUUACACUAGUUAUAUGUUAACAUCAAUUUUAGUGAGGAAAUACGCAAUAAUACGCAAUUUUGUUCGAGUACAACUAUGCUAUGUAAAACCGCCUUUACAAAGUUUGCGACCAUCGAGAAGCACAUAUGAACCCUAGGUAUGUAUGUACUUGUUGUCUUCGUUAUUUAACAUGAAUUACAAAUUAAAUUAUUUAUAUUGGGAAUUGUGCCAAAGCUGAAAAACAUACAUCAACAAUAAAGACAACUAAAUACUUACAUA